GUUCAAAGUGUCUAAACUGUUCAUUUAACUUUUACAAGCGAUGCAGAAUUAUUUAUUUAUUAUUGAAUGUAACAUAUUAAUGCUUUAUCUAAAGCGUAUGUUGUUUGAGUAAAGCGCAUCCACACACGAGGAACACAACAGUUGUCUCAUUUCUCUCUCUUUAUCGUGAAUCAGUUCAUCAUAAACAUGAAUUCAGUCACUGGCAAUGGGAAUGUGAUCUACAAGUAAUUAGAUACCAAAUGAAAAACUCCUAAAGAAGCGACUGAGAUCCAUGUGACACUAUUAUAAAGAUGCCAUUUAUUAAAGAUAUGAAGAUUGAAGAAGUUUUCAGUUUAAAACAAGAAGAAACUGAGGAACAAACAAAGAUGCCGUUUAUUAAAGAGGAGAGUGAAGACCUGAGGAUUGAAGAAACAUUCAGUGUGAAACAAGAAGAAACUGAGGAACAAACAGCCCUAAUGGCAGUGAAAGAGGAGAAAGAAGAACUUAAUGAAACUGAAGAGAAAGAUCAAGAUCAUGAUUUCAUAAAUGGAGAAAAACCUUUUCGGAGUUCGCAGUCUGAAAAGACUUCCACACGAAAAAAAACUCAAAAGAGUUUUAAUCAACAAAGAAACCUUAGAGACCGCACAGGAAAGAAGCGUUUCACAUGCCAACAGUGUGGAAAAAGUUUUUCUCAACAUGGAAACCUUAAAGUUCACAUGAGAAUUCACACCGGAGAAAAGCCUUACACAUGCCAACAGUGUGGGGAGAGUUUUUCUCAACGUGUAAACCUCAAAACCCAUAUGAUGAUUCACAGUGGAGAGAGUCCCUUCACCUGCCAACAGUGUGGAAAAAGUUUCACUCGUAAAGAAAAACUUGACAAGCAUAUGCGAAUUCACACUGGAGAGAAGCCUUACAGAUGCCAACAGUGUGGAAAAAGUUUCAAUCAACAUUACAACCUCACAGUCCACAUGAGAGUUCAUACUAAAAUGAGUCCAUUCACCUGCCAACAGUGUGGACAAAGUUUCAAUCAUAAAGUAAGUCUUAACAGGCACAUGAGAAUUCACACUGGAGAAAAGCUUUACCCAUGCCCUCAGUGUGGAAAAAGUUUCCAUCAGAGUGGAACCCUUAGAGUCCACAUGAGAAUUCACACUGGAGAGAAGCCUUACUCAUGCCAACAGUGUGGAAGAACUUUCCAUCAACAUGGAAACCUUACAGUCCACAUGAGAGUUCACACUAGAAAGAGUCCCUUCACCUGCCAACAGUGUGGACAUUUUUUCAAUCGUAAGGAAAGCCUCAACAGGCACAUGAGUAUUCAUACUGGAGAAAAGCCUUUCACAUGACAACAAAGUGUGGAAGAAGAUUCACUCGAACAGGAAACUUUAACAGGUACACCAGAAUUCCCACCAGAUAAAAGCCUUACAUCUGCCAACAGUGUUUAGAGAGUUUUGCUCAACAUGGAAACCUUGAAACCCACAUGAAAAUUCACACUGAGGAGAGCCCUUUUACCUGCCAACACUGGAAAAAGUUUCAACAGAAAUGGACAUCAUAGGGUGUACUCACACUAUACACUCUGAACCGUGUCUGAGCAUGUUUGACCCCCAAAGCCUGGUUUGUUUUAUUAGUGUGAUUGCUCUAUACCGGACACGGUUCGCUGAACUGUCCCUGACCCGCUUGGAAGAGGUGGGCCGGAGCAUGGUUCAGUUGGACUCAAGUGUGGUACACAGGCAGUGUGAAGCACAGAACAGCUACUACUCUUGUGUGCGUUACUGUCAUCAUUAUGUUGGUAAACAUCUUUACAUUUACUACUUGGAUAGUACACUUUUUAGUUGCUUUAACUAAUUCAAGUGUAUUUUGGGUUUAUAAGUGGUCUGGUUCUCACUUUAUUGAUGAACAGGAAUUGUAGUUUGCAAUUCUGAAUGAUUUUAAAGGUGCCAUAGAAUUGAAAAUUGAAUUUACCUCGGCAUUAGGGCUGACUGAUAUAUCGCAUGCGAUUGUCACGCGCAUUUCGUCAGUAAAGCCGGUUCCCUGAUUGCCGCUA